AUGCCAAAAGUAAGAAGAGUGAAGUCCCCAUCUACUGAUUGUAAUAGAUCAUUUCCUUACCCUUCCAACUCCAAAAAUAUUGAGAUGCAUAAACCUAUGAAUUUGUUGGGAUCAGUUGAUGAAAUGAAAGAAUGGGAGGAAGCUAGAUGUCCUAUUUGCAUGGAACCCCCUCAUAAUGGUGUUCUUUUGAAAUGUUCUUCCCAUGAAAAGGGUUGCCGUCCUUAUAUGUGCAAUACCAGUUACCGCCACUCCAACUGCCUUGACCAGUUUUGUAAGUCCUUUGCUUCUCAUCUCUCAUCAGAAGUACUGGAAGAGAUUCCUGUCGCAAGCAGAGUAUCUCAUAGUAGAGAAGUUCAGUCCGAGCCUGGGCACUUGUCUCAUGUUGGGAGCCAGUUACAACCAAAGCUCAUUUGCCCUCUUUGCCGAGGAGAAAUAUAUGGAUAUAUGCUUUUGGAGCCUGCUCGAAACUAUAUGAAUUCAAAACCAAGGAGUUGUUCUUCUGAAACGUGUGAAUUCCAGGGGACAUAUUCGGAACUCAGGAAGCAUGCUAGGUCUGAGCAUCCUUCUGUUCGACCAUCAGAGGUGGAUCCCUCGCGUCAGUGUGAUUGGUUAAGGAUGGAACAAGAAAGAGGCAUGGAAGAUCUUUUUAGCUCAAUCCAUGCAAGUUCUGGUGUUGAAUACAAUAGAAACACCAUUUUGAGGGAGGGUCUUGCUGACUUGAUGUCCUCGUUUUUGUAUGAAAUCUUCAGCUCAAUUGAAGAUGUUAACCGAAUGGCUAGUUUGUUGUCUAUUUCAAGACACAGAGUGCCAUUAUAUGACAGAAGGUCUGGAUUAACGCACAGGGUAUCACAUCAUACACAGGCAAAUCAAUCUGCUAGAUGGAGAUCCAAUUUACCUUCAGCGCAUCAACUGGAGAGAAUUGCUAGGAGUAGGGUGAGAACCAAUUUUCCAUAUCUAUCAUCCCGUGAUAUGGAGGCAGAAGCAAAUAGAACGGCCAGAUGGAGGACAAAUUUAUCAUCUUUAAGAACACCUCGCGAUGAGCAUCAGUUUUAUAGAGACCUAAGCGCAGAGGUCACAUCUUCAACAAGGAUGCCUCGGACCUCACAAGGUACUCAGCCUAAUUCCCAGAGCGACAUUUCUUCAUCUGGAAGGAUCCCUGGUCGUCAGUUACGUUGGCGUGAUCAAAGAUGGUCCACCACCAACUACUACCAACGAUGA